AUGAUGACACCAGCUCCUACGAUCCUUGCCACGUGCAAGCAGACGCGAUUCCAUCUUCUCGAUGAGAACCCGUCGAAUGAGGUUGACGUCGAGGGUCUUUUUAUCACGAUUGCCUCGGAUGGAUCCGAAAACGGACACGACUCUACGACAUUAAAAUCUAAAGCGAAGUCAAAAAUCAAGACAGUGGGAAAAGAGCUUAUAUCGGAUGCCCAUCUGCGUUUGAAGGGUGGCAUUCACUAUGGCCUCCUCGGUCGCAAUGGGACUGGAAAGUCCACGCUCCUCAGGGCAAUGGCUGACAAGCUCAUUCCGGGCAUUCCACAUGUGAGCCGGAUUUCUAUCCUCCAGCAAACCGGGAUCGAUGAUGAGUCCGGAGGCUAUGGAAAGCUGCGACUGGACAGUACCGUUCUGGAUGCUGUACUGGGUAGUGACGAGACGAAGAAUGAGAUCACGCGCACAGUAGGACUUCUGUCAAAAAGCUUCGACAGCGAAGACCCCCUCGAACCAGUGAGAGCAAUUCGAAAGCUCCAGCACCAGCAAGCCGAGAGAAAUCUAUUCCUUGCCAAUAAGAAUGCGAAUCUCAAAAGCGGCGCGAGAGGAUUUCAGGCAAGGAAAGAUCUCAAGUCGGCCGAGGCGAAGUUGGAAACGGCAAGCGAGCGGCUCGCUCAAGAUGCCGACACAAUCGAAGCUACUGCUGUCCAAGAGGACACAGAGGCCGCAGCUGAGACGCUUCACAACCUCCAGGCCCAACUCGAAGAUGCAAAGAUGGAGAAAGAAGCUCGCCGAGUUUUGCUCGGUCUUGGUUUCAAAGAAGAAAACCUGGGAAAGAAAGUUUCCACUCUCUCGGGUGGCUGGCGGAUGCGAUGUAUGCUCGCGAGCGUCCUGAUUCAGUCGCCCGACAUUAUGAUUCUUGACGAGCCAACCAACUAUCUGGACUUACUGGGUGUGAUCUGGCUUGAAAAUUAUCUCCAACAACUGCGAGAAAGAUCCGAGACGACAGUGCUUCUUGUCUCGCAUGACCGAGAUUUCAUCAAUGCCGUGUGCGAGGAAAUCGUGAUCUUACGUGACCAGAAACUGACUUAUUUUCGGGGAAAUCUCGCCGCGUAUGAGCAGGACUUUGAAGAACAGAGGCUACGAUGGGGACGUAUGAAGGAGGCUCAAGAGCGCCAGAUUGCACACAUGGAAGCGAGUAUCCGCGAAAACUUGAAGGUUGGUAAAAAGACCAACGACGACAACAAGCUUCGACAAGCGAAAUCUCGUCAGAAGAAAGUGGACGACCGGAUGGGUCUACAGGUCAACGCCAAUGGCCAUCGAUUCAAGCUCAAUCGUGAUCUGGUAGGGUAUCACUUGACCAGUCGCGCGGAAAUUGACGUGCCGCAGGAAGAAAAGGGAGCGAUCAUGGCGAUACCCGAGGUGACGGAACUUCGCUUUCCGGGGCCCUUGGUCUCGCUCGAAGGUAUCACUUUUCGAUACCAAAGAAAUGAUCGGGUGAUCCUCGACAAUAUCAAUCUCGUGGUUCACAUUGGGGAUCGGGUGGGCAUCAUGGGUCUCAACGGAGGUGGUAAGACUACUCUGAUCCGCAUUCUCAACGGCCAGAUCUCUGCCUCCCGGGGAAAGGUCACCACUCAUCCGCGAUUGAAAGUGGGUUACUAUGGGCAGCACUCGGUGGAAGAGCUACAGGAGCGUGGUCAGAACGAGCCUGGUCUGACAGCUCUCAGCCUCCUGGUGGCCGAAACAGACGGGAAUCUGAAUGAAGGUGCUAUUCGUGGCCUACUUUCGUCCAUGGGCUUGGCCGGUCGCAUUGCUUCAGACGUUCCAGUAGCCAAAUUAUCUGGAGGCCAGCUUGUUCGACUCGCUUUGGCACGGAUUGUUUGGAGCCGUCCUCAGUUGUUGAUUCUGGACGAAAUUACCACGCAUCUUGAUUUCCACACAGUCACGGCCUUGGCGACAGCUCUUUCCUCGUUCAACGGAGCGAUCAUUCUGGUUUCUCACGACCGAUUCCUCAUUCGCUCUGUGGUAGAAGGGAAGCGUGAUACCGAGCACAAGCUUGACGAGGAUUUCGAGGGGCUGGAUGAGGAGGAGGAGUUGACUGAAGCGAGCCCGCGUCGCCGGUCAGUGUACGUUCUUAAGGCGGGUAAGCUGAGUGAGCAGACUCAAGGCGUGGAGCAGUUUGAGAAGAGCCUGAUCAAGCGAGUACAAAAGUUACUCCACGGAGGCUGA